AUGGGAGCUUGUGAAGGACCUUCAUGCUUUCACAUUGUCAUGGAAUUUUUUGAAGGGAAAAAUCUACAAGACAUAAUAUUUACUAAACAAAACAAACAAUACACCUUAAACUUGGUUAAAAAGUAUAAAAUUGCCAAGCAAAUAGUGACUGCAAUGAAGUAUAUCCAUUGCUUGAAUCCACCUAUUAUUCAUCGCGAUAUCAAGCCUUCGAACAUUAUGGUUAAUAGUAACCUGCAGGUGAAGAUUUGCGACCUAGGACUGUCUAAAAGUGACGAUUUGAAAACUGACUUGCUAAGUACAGUAGUAGGUACCCUACGAGGUACUUUGACAUUUAUGUCACCAGAACUAUUACUAAAUGAAGAGUCACCAUCAAUACAAUCUGAUGUUUGGGCAGUCGGUGUAACUCUCGUAGAGCUCUAUAGCGGUAAAGCAGCAUGGAUUUUACGACGUUUCAGUAUACUUGAGGACAUAAAAGAAAAAUUCAAGAACAGGAAUAUACCACCAAAUAUAACGAAAUUACCCGAUGGCUUACAAUCUGGUGUUAAAGGUUGCUUUGAGUACGAAAAGGAAAAAAGAAUUACAAUGUCCGAGUUGUAUACUUAUUUUAAAAAUUAA